GUGUUACUGAAGUGCGCGGUUCACAAACGAGUGAGUAUGGCAACUAAAAUUUACUUCGCUGCCAGCAUCAGAGGAGGAAGACAAGAUGCACACAUCUAUUCCAAGAUAGUUGCUUUACUAAAGAAUUACGGAAAAGUGAUGACUGAACAUGUUGGAGACGUCAAUCUCACAGACGAAGGGGAAUAUGACCCGGCGGUUGGCGACAAGAAGAUUCACGACCGCGACAUUGGCUGGAUCAGGGAAUCAAACGUUCUCGUCGCCGAAGUGACGCAACCGUCUUUGGGUGUUGGAUAUGAGCUUGGGCGUGCUGCUACAUUUGGUACCCGCAUACUCUGUCUGUUUAGACCGAUGUCAGGAAAACGUUUGUCUGGAAUGAUACGAGGAGCCGAUGACGGACAGAAGUUUGUCGUCAAGGACUACGAACACAUUGAAGAGGUCGAGAGGAUACUGAAGGAAUUCUUUUCUGAACCGACAUGACUUGAGUGAAGUUAAUUAAAAUGACAUUUAGCAGAGCAUUGCCAUCUGAUAGCAUUGACACUAGGCCUUCCUUUGCUUUGAGUUUUUCUUUAGCAACAGGGUUAGGUCACGUGACAUAUCUGUAAAGCAAAAAAUCUAAAAAUACUAGACAGUGUUUGUGAUCAAACCCCAUGCGUGAUCUAACCUCAUCGCGUGAUCUCACCCCAUCACGUGAUGUAACUUAUCUAACCACGUCACGUGAUUUAACC